UUGUCAAACGAUCAAAUUUACCACUGACAGCAUUGAGAUUGACAUUGCUCUGUCUUUAACAUAUAUGUAUAUGGAUAAUAUUUGAUUAUUCUUAUGCCGAUCAUUUGCCGCUCUACUUAGUGUUAAAUAUUUUGCUAUCACCAUGGAAGAAAGUGUUGCUUUAGAUUCCAGUAAACAAAAACAGUUUGUCAAGUCAGUCAGAGGGAUUAAGAAAUUGUUAAAGAAAAACACCAAGAAAGUAAAACAAAAUGAGGAAUCAAAACCAUUUAAGAAGUCAGUACCAGUUAAGAAGCCAAUACCUGAAGAAAAAAAGAAAGUAAAAGAAGAUGUUAAAAAAACCAACAGUAAUAAAAAACGUGAAAUACGAAACAGAGGAUUGGUGUAUCUUUCUCAUAUUCCACAUGGAUUUUAUGAGUAUCAAAUGACGGAAUAUUUUAAACAGUUUGGUAUGGUAACAAAUACAAGAGUAAUUAGAUCUAAGCAUACUGGGAACUCAAAGGGUUAUGCCUUUGUGGAGUUCAAGGAGCCUGCUGUUGCUGAAAUUGUUGCCGAGACGAUGAAUAAUUAUUUGAUGGGAAAGAGAUUGAUUAAAGCGGUGUACAUACCACCUGAAAAGCAAAAGUUGCAUGCAAGGAGAAAAAAAUGGAAUUUUCAAAACAAUCCAGGAAGUGAACUAAGACUAAAAAUGAAAAAGGCAUUGAAUGCAGAAAAAACUGACAAGGAAGAGCUUUUGAUCGCAAAAAAACUCUUAUCCAAUCUUUCAAAUACUAAAGAAAAGUUACAAAAAUUGGGUAUUGAUUAUGAAUUCUUUGUACCAGUUGAUGUACCAGAAGUUUUAAACAAAUUUGUUGAAACAUGUAAAGAUGAUGUUAAAAAUUUAGAUACAACUACAGUAGUAUCAGAGAAGAAAGUAAAAGCUGAAGAAAAAAUAAAAAAACCAUCAAUAAUUAAAAGUGAAUCAAUAGAUGUGAAAACAAAACUACUUGAUGUAAAGAAUGAAAAUCCCAAAAACAAACAAACCAAACAAAAAAUUACAAAAUCACAGAAAGAACAAUUAAAAGAAAAUGUAAAUAAAAAUUUAACCCAAGGAAAGGACACGAAAAAAAAAUUACAUAAACAGGAGAAAUCAAAUAAAGAAGUUUCUCAGAAAGAAUCUGAAACAUUUAUUAAAAUUAACGAAUCAGAGAGUGACAGUGCAGACUUUGAUUCUGAUGCAUUUGAAGAGAUCAUUAAUAGUGAUGAUGAUGAGUUAUCAUCAGAUGAUCAGAGUGAUAAUAGUGACUUAUCAGAUGGUCAGAGUGAUGAUGAUGACUUAUCAGGUGAUCAGGAUGAUGAUGAUAACUUACUAUCUGGUGAAGAGAGUGAAGAUUUGAAUGAGGUAGUACAGAAAUCAAAUAAUGUUAAAGGAAAAAUAAAAACAAACGUUGCACAAGAAAAAAGUGAAGUAAAGCUAGUAAAGAGUAAGCAAGACAAAGGAAUGACAAAAAAUAUACCAGAAAAGAGAAAGAAUGCUACAAGUGAGCCAGUCACUCCAAAAAAGGGAAAAUUUGAAAAGCAAAGUAAGAAAACACUGAAUAAAGUAAUUAAAAAGAGAAAAUAAAUAAAUAACCAAUUGUUUUUCUUUAUUUU